AUGGGUAAUCAUCAAACAUAUUUUAAUGAAUGGGAUCCAAAUCGUUUAUCAAAAGUGACUGGUUUAACUCCACAACAAGUACUGGCUCUUCAUCAAGAUUUUAUCCGUGUCACUGAUGAUGAUAAUGCGAUGGAUAAAUAUGAAUUUCGUCGGUGUUAUGAAGUUUUGGUUCCAGGUGCAAGUAACACACACCACGCAGCUGACAAAGCAUUCAAAGCAUUCGACAGAAACGAUACUGGUUAUAUAACAUUUGAAGAAUUUUUAUCUGCUUAUGUCAUGUUGAAUCAAAGCGUGUCAGCACAUGAUCGUGCCAAUUUUCUCAUUGAUCAACAUAAUCCAAAUCCAAGUGGUGUCAUAACACCAGAAUAUGGUUGUCAAGUAUUUACUCGUAUGAACGAUUUCUACGGUGUUCAGAGUGAUCCAGAACAGUCGUGGGCUCAAUUUUACAAUGGCAGUAAUGGAGGAGAUCAAGAUCGAUUUAUACAACAUUUGGUCGAUCAUCCCCAAUAUAAAUCUCAUUAUUAA